AAAAAAAAAAACAAUUGCAUUUUAUAUAAUGUGCGUAUAACCUAAAUGGCUAAUUGCCCUGAUGCCAGGAUAUGUAACAUGACAAAGCCUCAGUUAUAUUACUGUAUACCCAACAUCAACUUUUGCGUUAAACCGUGUAAUCGACAUAACAAUAGUAAAAAUAGCAAUGCAGAUUAUAAAAACUUUUUUGAGCAUCACAUCCGCAAACGACGUUAGCAAACAGGCAAGGCAAACACUUCACAAAAAGAACACAAAAUGCACAGGCACAAUGCUACCGUCAGACACACUAACCUAUGUACAUCAAUUCUACAACAAGAUGGUAUACUGUUUGGUGGAACCACACAAGAAGGACCUUCGCAUCGUUAAUACUUGCGACACGCGAACUCAUCAAGAGCUGCUCAAAAGCGAUGAUGCCGCAAAGAAGACAAAGCGAAGGAAAAAAGCAAAGAAAGACAAUAUUGAACAUCGAUUAUCACUCAGGUGGACUGAAGGAAGUGCAGUGAAUAACUAUGAAGUUUCAUUUGAAGUUCGACCAACGGCCAUUAGAAGGUGAUGGACAUGUUUGUACCGGUACAUUGGAAUCUUCGGACCAUUUGCUCCUCCGCCCAGCCAACUGCACUUGCAAAGGAAGGGAGCGCUAAACAGCUUCAACACAGCUUCGUGCAUUCGAUUGUCUGGAGUAUUCGAAGUAAGAGAAUUCGAUAUUCUUCUAGCAGUAGCGAUAAAUACAUUUUUGUCGCUCAACAU